UGUACAGCUCUUUAGCUCAGAAUUUUGCCAUGGGGAGAGGAGCCAGCUCCGUAAUGAAAGCUGUUAGGGAACCUGGCUUGCAGCUUGUCUCGACAUUCUCUGACCUUCCAUGCUGAAUUUCCACCUUCCCUGUUCACGCUGCUGAAGCCUGGGCCAUAAAUAGCCGCUCCAACCUGACCUGUAAGGGGAGGAUACUGGACUGCAUCCAUUCUUGGCUCUGAUGAUGCAGCGAGUUACCUGUCAAGGAUGUGGGAGCUCCAGUCCUCCUUGUGCACAUAUGUGAGAGACUCCCUAGGGCACCUACCUAUGAAUGAAAUUGCUGGAUUGAAAGGAGCUUCUUCACAUGGCUUCCGAAGAUGUGACCAUUACAGUUCGACUCAUUCGUUCAUUUGCACAUCGAAAUUUCAGACCUGUAGUAUAUCAUGGAGUUCAUUUGGACCAAACUGUAAAGGAAUUUAUAGUAUUUUUAAAGCAAGAUAUCCCUUUGAGGACCAGCCUGCCACCACCAUUCAGAAAUUAUAAAUAUGAUAAACUAAAGAUUGUUCAUCAAGCGUAUAAAUCAAAGACAAAUGAACUUGUGUUGAGUUUGGAAGAUGAUGACAGACUCCUGUUAAAAGAAGACAGCACCCUGAAAGCAGCUGGAAUUGCCAAUGAAACUGAAAUUGCAUUCUUCUGUGAAGACGACUAUAAGAACUACAAAGCUAAUCCCAUUUCAUCCUGGUGAAAACCUCACAGGGCUUUCUUUUUGCAUACUGGUAUUAAGCUCUUUAUUCCACUAGUGAGUUUUUGAAAUUGACAAAUAAACUUAAAAAAUUAAUCCCAGGCUCUGCCAUUUGAGGUAGAAUCUGUGGUGUGUUCUCUCUUCUGCAGGUAUCAUUUUUUUCUUCCUUAUUGUAAAAUAAUAUAUUUAUGUACAAAACAUUUGAUUUUUUUUUUAAGUGAAAGAAAUAGUUAUUCAGAAAUCACUGUGGAGGGUUGGUUCUUUAAUUAUAAUUUAUUCUUCUGAAAUUAGAGGUCAUUUGGUGACUUGCAUGUUGGAUUCUUUAAAAAGAUUAUGAGGCUAAGGUCAUUCUGUUUAUUUUGUGCUUUCUCCAUAGUUUCUAAUUGGCAUCCCUGUUACUAUCUUUGGCUAGCAGGGAUUAUAAGAGUCUCUCAUGACCAUGAAUGCCAUCUUUUCACUUACCAGAUGCUCACCACCACACAUGAAAUUGAAUUGGGUAUAUUUUAGGGAGGUUUUCUGAUAUAAGAGGGUUUCUUCUGUCUUUUCAUAUUAAGCCCAAACAAAUAAUAUUGCUGAAAUGUGUUUUUAUGAGCUACGUUUCCUGACUUCAGGAGCAAACUAUAAUAGAAUCAAACUCAUUUAUUGGGAGAGAGAAGGUAGCAGGGUGUUUGUCCUUUUGGAAGAAAUUGUUCGUUGAGAACAAGUCUAAGUCAUGGAUGAUACAUUCUUUCAAAAUAAUAUAAUACUUUAAUGGCCGACUGCUAGCACUUGAAAAAUAGUGGCUUCAAGGGGGCCACUCAACCAGCAUGCAUCUAAUGAGAACUCUGAGAGAGGUUAGUUGGUUCUAGAAUUACUCCAUGAAGCCUUAAAAUUGCUAGUAGGGCAAAUUGGUUUCAUUGUGGUAGAGGCUAACUUAAGAAAACCUUAUUCUGCUUAAAAAAUCAAACUUGAAAGCCUAGUUAACAUAACCAGAAGCAUUGCUUUGUUUAAAGACAAAGCACUUGGAGUGGAGGAAAGUCAGGGCAGGAGGCCCGUUGAGCUAGGCCUUGUAAGUUAUGCUGAGGAGUUGGAACUCUAUCUAGUAGGUAGUCAGGAGCCAGUGGAAAGAUUUAAACAGGUAAAUUACAUGAUUAGGUUUGUAUUUUAGAAAGUAAGCUUUGGCAGCAGUGUCCAGAUGGCAGAAAGACUAGAAGACAGUUGUCAUAGACCGGGUGAAGAUUGGAAGGUCUCACCUAGGACUUGACAGAGGGGAAUGGAGAAGAGGAGGCCUUGUUGAGAUAGUGCUAACAUUUGGUCAUGCAUUAGAUGGCAGGCAUUGUGUUAGGUACCUACAUGUGUUAUUUAAUUUUUACCACAAUUCUUUAGUCUUAAUAGUAUCAUAUCUGUUUAUAGAUGAGGAAAUUGGGGCCCAGAGAGGUAAAGUAAUUUACCCAAGGCAAUGCAGUAAUGUGCACUGGGAGUGGAGCCAGGUCUGUCUUAAAUUCCUGACCUUUCCCAUUUCAUCCUCUGGUCUCCCAGGAGAGGUAUGAGGUAGAAUCUUUGGGACUUGGUGAAUGGCUGGUGUGGAAGGUGUAGGAGGAGGAGUGGAGACUUUAAUGAUUCUUCCUGGAGUGAGUGACUGGAUUGAUGGUGACAGCAUCAACCCAAAUAGGGAAUUUAGUAAGUAGAAGAACAGAUUAAAGCAAUUCCAUUUGAUUAUUUCGCAUUCAAUUUACACACACUUUUUUUCUUAAGAAAAAGUAAGCAUACCUUUACCUGUAUGUUUUCUUUUUAACAAAUAAUGCAAAAAUAUGUACACAUGUCUAACCAUUUGUUUUGGCAUGUAUUUAUUUUCCUUAUUAGAAAGUUAUAUAUAGCCUUUUUUUUUUAAAGGAUUUUUUUAAAAUGUAUUUAUUUAUUUAUUUAUUUUUGGCUAUGUUGGGUCUUCAUUGCUGUGCACAGGCUUUCUCUAGUUGUGGUGAGCAGAGGUUACUCUUCCUUGCGGUGUGUGGGCUUCUCAUUGUGGAGCACAGGCUAUAGGCAAGCAGGCUCAGUAGUUGUGGCUUGCAGGCUCUAGAGUACAGACUCCAGAGCACAGGCUCAGUAGUUGUGGCGCAUGGGCUUAGCUGUUCCAAGGCACGUGGGAGUUUCCCGGCCCAAGGAUUGAACCUGUGUCUCCUGCAUUGGCAGGCGGAUUCUUAACCACUGUGCCACCAGGGAAGUCCAAAGUUAUUUAUAGGCUUUUUUUUUUCACUUGUAAACAGAGAUGCAAAAGUCAAAAUUAAAAUACAUUACAUCUCAAUAGAUGCCCCCCCAAAAAAGCACUCUAUGAUGUGCAACCUCAUGUGUGAAUAAAAAUUAAAAUAGAACAUGAUUUCCUUAACCUGAUGAAGGUUACCCACAGAAAACCUACUAACGGAGAAGUGUGUAAGCAAACCUAUUAGAUGAAUAGGACAGGGAGGACCACUAUUACCAGUACUAUUCAAAAUUGUUCUGCCUCUUAUUGUAGCCAGUGCAAUAGGAAAACAAAAGUAGUGAGAACCACGGACACUGGGAGGAGGAGACAGAACAUUCAUUUGCAGACAAUGUGAUUGCUGACAAGUUAUGAGAACUAGUAAGAGACUUCAAGAGUGCUUGAUAAUGAACUUAAAAUUUGCACAAAAGCUAUAAAUGUGUUAACUAGAGGUUAUAAAAGACCUAAAUAAAGAGAGAGAUACUACAUGUUCAUAGAUGGAAGCUUUGGUGUAGUAAAGAUGUAGAUUUAUACCUAAUCUGUAAUUUAGAGCAACCUCAAUCAAAAUCCCAGGAUUUAUACUGGGAUUUGACAAACUGAUUUUAAGGUUCAUUUGGAAAAGCAAAUGUAUAAGAAUAGCCAAAAUCAAUUUGGAAAAACAAAAAGGAGGGGGUAUUCCCUACCAGAUGUCAAAAUAUAUUUUAAAGCUGUAAUAAUGAAAAUAGCUUGGUUGUGAUACAGAAAUAGACCAAAAAAAAAAAAAAUCAAUGAAUAGAAAGUGACUGAUGUAUAUGGAAAUUUAGUAUAUAAUAAAGGUAGUAUUUGUAAUCAGUGGAGAAAGAUGGAUAUUUAGCACGUGCCUAGGCAUUAAAAAAAUGAUUAAGAACCCUACUUCCUACCAUACCCAAAAAUUUCAGAUGGAUUACAUAAACAUGAAAAACAAGAUGAACUUAUUAGAAAAGAAAGGAUUAUUUUUAUGACAUUGGGGUAGAGAUGGCCUUCUUAAAACACAAAAUGUGCAAUUUCCAUAAUUUGCUGAAUUCACUGUAUCUGUAUGAAAAACUAGAUUCCCGCUUCCCCCCAAAAUUAUAAACAGUUUGAAAGGCAAGUGAAGACUGAGAAAAACAACUUGCACUUAUAAGGUAGACAGAGGAAUAAUUUCCAGAAUAUAUGAAGAACUCUUACAAGUGAAUUAGAAAAGGACAAACCUGCAACAGAAAAAAGGAUACAUUUUAUAAAGAAGAAAUUUGUAAAAAAAAAAAAAAAAAAAGAAGCAUAUGGCUUAUAAAAAUGUGGAAAGGUGCACAUCCUGUUAUCCAAGGAAAUUAAAAUAACAACAGAGUAUCAUUUCCAUUCAUCAGCUUGGUAAAAAGUAAUGGGUUUGGUAACAAGUAUUGGCAGUGAUGUGUGUCUGCACUGCCAAUGGGAGUGUAAAUUUGUGUACAGUCACUUAAUCAAGCAAUUUGAUGUGCUAUCGAAAUAAAUUAUAUCUUCUAUUAACCCAGCAGUUCCACUUCUUAAAAUUUGUCCCAAAGAAACCCUCUCAUGCCUGCAGAAGGAGGCAUUUAUAAGGGAAUUCACUGCAGUGUUAUUUAUAGUAGAAAAACACUGUAAACAACCUAAAGGCAGCCAGUAGAGAGUAUCUAAAUGACAUUUAGUAUAUCUAUACUCUGGGUUACUACUUAAUCUAAAACAAUGAGGAACAUUCAUAUUACUUACAAGGGACAAUCUUUGAGACAUCUUGAUGGAUGAAAUUGCAGAGGGACUCAUAAACCGAUGUCAUUUGUUUUAAAAAAAGGCACAAAAUGAUAUUAUAUAUAAUGUGUAUAUAUAAUACGUGUGUGUAUAUAAAUAUAUACACUAUAUACACAUAUACACACUGUAUACACAUAAAUACAUAUACAAACAAAUAGACACCAAAUUGAUAACAUUGAUUACCUCUGGGAAGGGGCCUAGAAUUGGGAGGUAAAGCUGGUAAAAGGCUGUAUCUGUAAAAUUUAAGGAGAAUGUGUUAACAAUUAGUAAGAAUAAAUGCAUGUAUAGAAAUUAAAAGAAGCAGGAAAAAACCCAUCAGGCAAUUGCCAUUAAUAUUUCAGCAUAUUCCAUCUAGGUUAUUUUUUCUUUGUGUGUUUUUAAAUGCUUCUGGUCUCUUUGGUGUGUUUUGGGUUAAAAGAGUAAUAUUUGCUUGUUAAAAGCAACUCUAAGGGGCUUCCUAGGUGGCACAGUGGUUAAGAAUCCACCUGUCAAUGCAAGGGACAUGGGUUCGAUCCCUGCUCCAGGAAGAUCCCACAUGCCGCGGAGCAACUAAGCCUGUGCGCCACAACUAUUGAGCCUGCGCUUUAGAGCCCAUGAGCCACAACUAUUGAGCCCAUGUGCUGCAACUACUGAAGCCCACGUGCCUAGAGCCCGUGCUCCACAACAAGAGAAGCCACGCAAUGAGGAGCCCGUGCACCACAACGAAGAGUAGCCCCCACUCACUGCAACUAAAAGAAAGCCCAUGUACAGCAAAGAAAACCCAACACAGCCAAUAAAAUAAAUAAGUAAAUAUUAAAAAAAAAGAAGUCUAGGGACUUCCCUGGUGAUGUAGUAGUUAAGAACCUGCCUGCCAAUGCAGGGGACAUGGGUUCGAUCCCUGGUCUGCGAGCAUCCCACAUGCGUCGAGCAACUAAGUCUGUGCUUCACAGCUACUGAGCCCAAGCAUGGCAACUACAGAAGCCCGUGCACCUAGAGCCUGUGCUCUGCAACAAGAGAAGCCACUGCAAUGAGAAGCCCGUGCACUGCAACAAAGAGUAGCCCCUGCUCACGCAACUAGAGAGAAAGCCUGUGUGCAGCAACAAAGACAUAAUGCAGCCAAAAAAUAAAAAAAUAAAAUAAAAUGCAAUAAUUGGAACUUCCUUGGUGGCGCAGUGGAGAAGACUGCGCUCCCAAUGCAGGGACCCCAGGUUCAAUCCCUGGUCAGGGAACUAGAUCUCACAUGCUGCAACUAAGAGUUUGCAUGCCACAACUAAGGAGCCUGCCUGCUGCAACUAAGACCCAGUGCAACCAAAUAAAUAAAUAAAAUGCAAUCAUUUAAAAAAGUGAAUAAAAGUCUAAUUUUCUUUUUGAAUCAUCAUUGGGUACCAGAUACAGCAUGUGUUUUAUAUAUCAUUCACAUUUUCAAGUUGGGUAGAGCUAUGAGUAGUCCCAUCUGUGAAGUGGAGAUGAUGAUGCCCAUCUCACAGAGUCUUGGGGAUCAAGUGAGACUCUGCCUAAAGGGGACUGAGUAGGCAGGGCCCGGCAUGAGGUAAGUGCUCAUCAAAUGUCUUAUAAUACUCAUUAUGAGCAGUGCAGCAUCAUCAACUUCAGUUUGGAGCCAAAAACCCUGAUACUCUCAGAUAUUAAGCCACUUGUCCAAGGCCUAAAACCUGGAAAUUCAAAGAGCAGGUUUCUUCUGGCUUUAGAUACCACGUUCUGCCACUCAUUGAAAACAAGGUGUAUCGGGCACUUAGAGAAACAUGGUAUGAAGGUUGUCAACCAUGGGCCAAGAAACAGUGUCCCAUUUUUGUUGAUUGUCACCCCUUCUGCAAGCAUUUUUGCCAUUCUCUGUUGUAGAGAACUUACUUUCCCUUCUUGUGCCAAAGGAACAUACAGGCCCUAGGCCCACUUAAUAACCACACCUAGUUUUAUGUG